AAACGUCGCAGUCUCUGAUUGGCUGCUGGCGGCUCGGGGUCAAACAGCUUCGCGCAUGCUCAGAAGCUCUCACACAGUGAGCGACAGAAAUCUGUCACAUCAGCGGAGCCUUCAUUCCUCUGAUACCUCCACAUAUUGCUCCUCUGCUCCUCCGCUCCUCCGCUCCUCUCCCUCACAUCUCACCCCCGAGCUCCCUUCAGAUUCCUCCUCGGACUUUUCGACCUGUGCAGCGGCAGAAAACAGCGAAGGAUGACGAGCAGCUCGAAGAGGAAAGAAGAGAGCCAUCUGCAGAAUGGGGGAGUUAAACAGUCCGCGUGGAGCAAAGCCCUCAACAGUAACGCUGUUUGGGAAGAGAAGGAUGAGUUUUUAGAUGUGAUUUACUGGCUCCGACAAAUCAUUGCAGUAAUCCUUGGCGUGAUAUGGGGAGUUGCACCAUUGAAAGGAUUUCUUGGAAUAGCCAUAUUCUGCAUCAUCAACGCCGGCGUCCUUUAUGUAUACUUCAGCAGCUUUCAGCAGAUCGAUGAGGAAGAGUACGGUGGCACGUGGGAACUCACCAAAGAAGGCUUCAUGACUUCUUUUGCUCUGUUUCUGGUGGUGUGGAUAAUCUUUUACACAGCUCUACAUUUUGACUGAGAGGAAUCCAUAGGACACUAAAUACGAACAUUUCUGUUGAAGCAAAUUAUCAAAACACAGGAACUCCAUGAACUGAGGGGGUGUCACCGCUCCUACAUACAGUAUGACUUCUCAGUGUGCAGUGCAUCAUGGGAAUCCUUGUGUGAAUAACAAGAUACUGCAAGACCAUCAUGAUGAACAUGCUCACUUAUUGUACAUUCUCUUAAUUUGAGUGUUCCUUUUUUUAAGGCAUUCUCCAGUACACUUCCCAUUUGUUAUAUUUCCUCCCUCAAUUCAUCAACAUCGUCUGUGACAGACCAGUAACGAUACAGAAAGCAGCUCAGCAGUACAAUAAAUGCUGGAAAAUAGGAGGAGGAUGAUUCAUCUUGUCACCUUACUACAGGGCCCUUCUUCUGCUUUGGGAGAGUGACAUGAACACACUGUAAAGACAACAACCAGUGUGUGUAUUCAACCCGGUUUACUGCUCAUGAGCUGCUCACUUAAAUCAUAGAAACUGGACGAAACAAAAAAAGUCUUGUCACAUAGUAAUCAUGAUUCAAUCAGUCCAUGAGUGUAAAUGAGUGUUACCGUUAAUGUAGCGACAAAAUGCACCAUAUCAGAUGUACUGAACUACUAAUAAUGCAUUCAUUAUGUGGAUUCACUGCUGAAUUUUACUUUUGGAAAUCUGGGCUGAAGAAAACAAAUACAUAAUGAGAGGUAUGACAGUGAAGUACCUUUUAUAUGUUAAUGUUACCAGUUAUGUUAUUUGUCUGGUUUCAGCGGGGGAGUCUUUGGUCAUGAAAAUGUACAGGUGACUCUGUGCUACAUUUUUUCUCCAUUUUUUGCUGAUAAAUAUAAACAAAUAAUUUUGAAUUUAAUCUGUCAUUUCUUCUCAAGAGUGUAGACUUUGUGAAAUAUUGUGGUUGAAGUCGCACUAAUUUUAACAUCAAGCGAAAUGGUUGUAAGAUGUUUAUAUCCUUAUCCUAUAUCUUAUCCAGUCCCUAAGUCAGUAUCUGCUACCAGUAUCAAAAAGCUGUUAGGCCUGUUAGGACCUCAUAACAAUCUGAUUUUUCUGCACACCCAGAUAACUUCUUUAAACAAAGAGGGAGGGAUCAUGCAUGUUGUGUUCAGAUGCAAAUUAUUCACAGUCUCAAGCAAAAACCUGGUCUGUGCACUGCCAUGAUUUACUGUUCUGAAACCUACCUUUCAUUGAUUAAUGACAUUAGUUAGGAGGGUAGAAAUAAUUUAAAUUAAUUUGUUUCUUAAAUGUAGCUUCCAGAUCAAAGUCUUACCUGGAAUUAAUUUAAACUUGUCUGUAAAUUCUGUAUCAUGUCCCUUUUUGUCAAAUUCACCUUGUAUUGCAUAGAUUUAUUUGUGUUUAUGUUAUAUCUUGUCUGAUGUAACAUAUUUCUCAGUAUUUUAUAGUGAAGGCCUAUUAAAACCAGUUCUGACAAAGUAAUUGUAAUGAUACUGUUAUAUUAGAUACACAACUGGUGAUUGAAAGGAUUGUAUUUUCUGAUCAAAUUUUUGGGAAUCAUUAAACAUGGUCUUUAUUUGGCCUCCAUUUUCAAAGAAA